GCCCCAUUCUUUAAACAUGGCGAUGCGGCUUCCUAUUCGGGAUUUGUGCGCUGGGGGGUUAUAAAUGUGCGUCUUGUGCCUCGUGCCUUGUGCCUUAUUUCACUUUGGUCCAGAUAUGAAGCUAUUUACCCCGUAGACAUUAUUUACCUUCUCGAGUGUGGAACUUGUGGGGGGUUGAGAGAUCAUGAUCGCAAUUUAAGCCCGUGGCACCUUGUCACCACCCAUAUCUGCACAAAUCCACCAUAAAAGCUAGUGAGACAGCCCCAAGUCCGAACUCUGAUUACGGCGUUCGAAAGACACCUACCGCGCAUUUCGCGGAUUUCCCGUGAUCCUGAACUUCAAACCCAAUCAGAAGCAAAGCCAUCUGGUUAUGGAAGGUGGACAAUUGACCAUUUAAUUCUACAUGCCACCCUUCGUUGUUUUGCCGGCAGCAAGGGUCAUCCGCAAUGGGAGGCUGCAUCACCAUUUGUUGACGCCUUGUCGAUUGGUCGCACAGUGCUGUUUCCGAACUAGCUCUACGCCGCCCCUAACAAGACAAAGCUCCUCGUCCUCUUCAACUCGGUGGAAGAGCAGGCAAGGGCGAGACUCCUUUGCAAGGGAAGCUAAGGUUCGAGGUCUUCAAAGCCGGGCAGCAUUCAAAUUGCUAGAGAUCGAUUCGAAAUACAAGCUGUUCAAAAAGGGACAGACUGUUAUAGAUCUGGGUUAUGCACCAGGAAGCUGGUCACAGGUUGCUGUGGAACGCACCAAGCCCAAUGGCCGUAUUAUUGGAAUAGAUAUCAUUCCUGCGCAGCCGCCGAAGGGCGUAUCUACGAUCCAAGGAAAUUUCUUGUCAAAAGAUGUGCAGGCAGAGAUCAAACGAUUUCUUAAUGAUCCACAUAGAGGUCGACCUCAACAGCAGAUGCACGCCCCUAUGGCUGAGGAGCCCGGCUUAGAAGAUUCCCUAGAAGAUGUGCCAACGGCGGACAAGGGCAAGAAGCUCAAGGAUGAAUCGGGGAAGACGAUUGAUAUUGUUCUAAGUGAUAUGUCCGCACCCUGGGAACAAACGAGUGGUUUUUGGAAGAGGAGUUUAAGUAAUCCGUAUAUUAGGAUGAUGAAUACGAGCGGUAUACCGUUCAGAGACCACACAGGGAGCAUGGAUCUAUGCAACGCUGCGCUAGAGUUCUCAUACGACACUCUCAAAACUGGCGGCCAUUUUGUUUGCAAGUUCUACCAAGGCGCCGAAGAUAAACAGUUGGAGAACCGCCUUAAGAAACUGUUUGGCGCCGUUCAUAGAGAGAAGCCGGAAUCUUCCAGAAGUGAAUCAAAAGAGUCAUAUUUUGUGGCGUUACGCCGAAAAGAAGCGGCCAAAUACGCGGACAUUUUCGGGGGAGAUGGGAUAUAACAGCUUCCAGGAAGCAUUGUAACAUAGAUUGAUUGGUGAAGAGAA